UCAACAAUGUCUAUCCCCCAGACCGCACGCGCAGCUGUAAUCGUCCAGCUCAAAGAGGAUUUGGUGCUCCGGAACGACUAUCCUGUUAAGCAACCCGAGGCCCUGGCUCCAGGAGAAUGCCUUAUCAAGUUGGAGUACGCGGGGUGCUGCCAUUCGGAUUUACAUGCGAAGAACGGAGACUGGCUGAAGAAACCUAAUAUUCCUGUCGUCGCCGGCCAUGAAGGAGUUGGGUGUAUUGUUGCUAUUGGGCCCAAUCAUAGCCCUGACGUUGGCUUCAAAGUGGGAGAUAGAGUGGGCACGAAAUGGGUUGCGAAUGCUUGUUUGAAAUGUGAACAGUGCUACCUCGGGAAUGAUGCGCUUUGUACUGUCGCUGACACGCACUGCCAUGGAUUUCGACUGGAUGGGGCAUUCGCUGACUACAUUGUGUCAUUUGUUGACUAUGUUACUCCAAUUCCCGACGAGCUUCCAAGCGAUGAAGCAGCGCCUAUCUUAUGUGCUGGAUUGACUGUGUACAGAGCGUUGAAAGAGUCUAGGGCGAGAAUCGGUAAUUGGAUAGCCAUUUCCGGGGCUGGUGGUGGACUGGGUCAUCUGGCUAUCCAAUAUGCUGUAGCCAUGGGCUUACGUGUCAUAGCCAUCGAUACCAGCGACGAGAAGAGGGAUUUGUGCCUUUCACUGGGAGCUGAGACGUUCAUUGACUUUAUGAAGGGCAAGGACCUUGUUGAGGAAGUCAAGCACGCUGCAGGCGGUCUUGGUCCUCAUGCUGCGCUCCUCGCCGUCGGUGAUCCAAGGCCUUUCAAUCAAGCAUUGAUGUAUUUGCGCAAGGCUGGGACAAUGGUUUCUGUAGGUAUGCCACCUGGACAGGCGACACUGAAUGUUCCCAUUGCCCUAUUGGUUACGAAGGGGCUUAAGAUCGUGGGGUCGGCGACUGGCAACCAACAAGAUACCCUUGAAGCAUUGGAUCUCGCCGCCCGGGGGAAAGUGAAGUGUCAUUUCGAAGUCAAAGAUCUCACAGAAGUGAACAAUGUUUUCGCGGAUAUGGAAGCUGGGCGGUUAACCGGUCGUAUCGUUUUUAAGAUUUGAGAUGGAAGAAGUUCCAUAUCCGAGCACGGCGCCACCAUGAUGGUACCUAAUGUUUUGAAAUUUAUUUUCAUUUCAUCUUUUCAUCGCUUUGGGACAGUCUUUACCGUCUUUCCGGACGCUCCGACGUUCCGAAUCUCUUCCCGACAGCACCAGGUUGGCUGAAGUCGACCUUGGGCUCGACAUUCCUAGUGCUUGACAAGCUUGAAGCUUGAGCGCUGAGCAACCAGCGACGUUAAUCUUUGC